AUGGCCGACGCUGCCCGCGAGGACAGAGAGCGCCUCGGCAAAAGAAGGUUGGCGGAGUUCAUAGCAGAAUGCGAAGAAGCGAGUGAAUCGGAGAGGAGACGGGAGGAGAGGAACCAGCGGCGGGCCGAAGAACGGAGGGAGGAAAUGGAGGCCGAGCGCCGCCGCCGGAUUGAGCGCCGCGCGGAGCCGAGAGCGGAGACGCGCGCCGCGGGCGGCGGCGCCGACUGGCAGCCGGAGCGCCACAUCGAGCCCGCCCCGGAGUCGCCGCCCCGCGACGCUACCGAUGGAGUCGUCCCCUCCGAGCCGACGGCGAGCGCCCCUUCCGCGGCUCUUCAGGCGACCUCGCCGCGGAGCUCUCGGAGCUCGAGGCCUUGAAAAAGUUUUUCGCGGCUUUUGACGCCCUCAUCACGAACCGCGACGUCAAGGCCACGUGGGAGAUGAUUGAGCGAUUACCUGUCGAUGUGGGGCCCCCUGGUACUACCCUCCGCGAUUGCUACCGCAAGGCCCGCGGCCUCAUCGAUGCGGGCUCGGACUCCGCGUAG